AUGACCAACAUUGAAUUCAAGCUAUUGAUGGAUGUUGACAUGCACCAAUUCUUGGAAAAGGCCAAAGUGGAGAAAUGGCCGUGGCUACAUCACAUUGAGAACGACGAUGCCUUGGUGUGCUUCACAUGUGCGCAAGCGAGUCUACAGAAGAAGCUUCAGUGGCCUUCCAGCUCCGACUUGGCAUUCAUAUCGAAUGGGUUCACAAACUGGAAAGAUGCCACUGUGAAAUUCACCACACAUGCAUCAAGCAAGUGCCAUAAUGAAGCAGUUCUAAAGAUGAUCGAAGUACCUUCCUCGAUGAAAAAUGUGGCUGAAUCUUUGUCAGCCCAACUAAAGAUGGAAAAAUUGGAACGACGACAGUGCUUUCUGAAGGUACUUUCAAACAUAAGGUUUUUAGCACGGCAAGGUCUGCCUUUAAGAGGGCACGGAGAUCAUGAGAGCAACUCAAAUUUUCUACAGCUCAUGAGGCUAAGGGGUGAGGAUGACUCCAGAGUCUUGGGUUGGUUGGAGAGGAAAACUGACAAGUACACCGCCCCUGAUAUGCAAAAUGAGAUACUUACGACCAUGGCUCUUCGUCGUGUGAUCCAAUCAAUUUCUUCUGCUCCAUUUCUGACUAUCAUGAUUGAUGAGACAACUGAUGUCGCAAACAAAGAGCAGGUUGUUGUCUGCUUUAGAUGGGUAGACAGCAGUCUAGAGCCCCAUGAAGAGUUCAUUGGCCUUUACGAGGUGGAUUCUACUCAGGCUUCAACUCUUGUAGCUACCAUACAUGAUGUUCUGCAGAGGAUGAAUGUGUCUAUCACUAAGCUCAAAG